AUGGACUUACUGGGCCCCAUGGAGAUGCCCGAGGGCUCCCUCUGCUCCUUCCCGCCCGUGGGCGACGACUUCUACGACGACGCGUGCUUCAGCGCGGCCGACAUGCACUUCUUCGAGGAGCUGGACCCGCGGCUCGUGCACGUGGGCGGGCUGCUCAAGGGCGAGGAGCACGCGGGCCACCACCACGCGGGCCACCACCACGGGCACCYGCGCGAGGAGGAGCACGUGCGGGCGCCCAGCGGGCACCACCAGGCCGGCCGCUGCCUGCUCUGGGCCUGCAAGGCCUGCAAGAGGAAGACGACCAACGCCGACCGCCGCAAGGCCGCCACCAUGCGCGAGCGGCGGCGCCUCAGCAAGGUCAACGAGGCCUUCGAGACGCUCAAGCGCUGCACCUCCACCAACCCCAACCAGCGGCUGCCCAAGGUGGAGAUCCUGCGCAACGCCAUCCGCUACAUCGAGAGCCUGCAGGCGCUGCUGCGCGAGCAGGAGGACGCCUACUACCCGGUGCUGGAGCACUACAGCGGCGAGUCGGACGCCUCGAGCCCCCGCUCCAACUGCUCCGACGGCAUGCUGGAGUACAGCGGGCCGCCGUGCGGCGCUCGCCGCAGGAACAGCUACGACAGCAGCUACUUCAGCGAGGCGCCGAACGAUCCCAAGCCCGGCAAGAGUUCUGUUGUUUCUAGCCUUGACUGCCUCUCCAGCAUCGUGGAGAGGAUUUCCACGGAUAACUCCACGUGUCCCGUCCUGCCUCCAGUGGAAAGCGUAGCUGAAGGGAGCCCCUGUUCUCCCCCAGAAGGAGCCAACCUGAGCGAGAGCGGAGUCCAAAUUCCUUCCCCGCCGAGCUGCACGCCGCUUCCCCAGGAAAACAGCAGCAGCACCRACCCUAUCUACCAAGUGCUAUAAAGGCAGGUCCGCCCGGACGGUGCUGAAAACAAACUGUUACGUUCAGCAAAGCUCCGAGACCAGCCUCGUACCACUGAAAAGACUACUCAAGACUUCUUGUUCCAGUCCUAAAAUUUCUCGAAAUUCCUCCAAAUGUAUCACUUGUCAAACCUGUAUUCCUUCAAAACACAUCUAGUUAUUUAUUGGUUGUUAAACUAAAAUUAUUUAACGUGUCUAGCGAUAAAGCUGUAUACCAUGAAAUGGCCAAUAUUUAAUCCGGGCUUUUGGGGAAUAGGAACCUGGCUGUCGAAAGCAGGGGAGAAAUCUACAACUCUCUAGAGUAAUGGCAUAACACAUCCUUUCUAUUACCCCUGUUCUGGCCAAAAUAAGGUUGUGGACCACUUUUUAUAAAAACUUUUUGUAUAAUUGUAAAUAAGAGUUGCUUUGCAAAAAAAAAAAAGGGGAAAAAAAGGAAAAAAAAAGAAAAAAUAUUUAAUGUUGCUUGGUUUGUCGUGCAAAACUUGAACUUUAUAUAUUUAUACAAUGUGGUUGCCAAGAAUGUUUUCAA